CGUCUAUCUCGUAUCAUCUGUCGCACCAGUGCUAUUCCAUCUAGCAUCGCGAGGCAUCUACGGUUCCCAGAUCGCGGAGGCUCUCUCCACCAUGCACUGACCCACACCUCAUACAAUCCAAACUGCGUUUGCAACACCAUCUGCAAUUCCCCGAUCUUUACUCAAGCUUUCUUUCUCUUCUAUUCACAAUGGGGCUCUCCAAUGCAGCCAUCAUUGUCAUCGUCCUCGUCGCCUGUCUCGCAGCAACCGCACUGGGAGCAUCACUCUUUAAGCACUACAAGCCCGCCGAUGGAGAGACCCCGUUCAGUCCGGGCUACGAGCAGAAGGUCUACAUGGCCGAGGUGCGAGCUAGAGGGUUUGAAAAUUUGAGGCAGAUAUCCUGGGUUAGAAGAGAUCUGGAGUCGCGUUAUCCUCCAGCGGGGCCGGGCUACUAUCGCCCCCACACUUACACCGAAGACACCACCUACACAAAAGACACAGGGAGCUCGUAACUUGGUCUUUUCUUUUCCCCUUUCUCAAACUUCUCACGAAUUACAUGGAUAUUUGACGGAAUGAACACGGACGUUACACCGGGGGAAACUGGCGUUACACGGGGUUACAGCGAGUUACAACAAUGAUGGGUUCUUCUCGAGGAAAAAGUACUGAGAUGUGAAUGGGUUCACUUAGUUUCAGGGGACUAGGCAUAAGCUUCGGAGGAGUAUCUGGUUCGGUCGGCUAUGGUGAGCAAUUUUUCGUCUCGAAAUUAUGACUUUUUAUGGUAUGGGGUGACCCUGGAUCUGCGCGCAACUCAUCUUGAAAUUAUUGCCUUGCAGUCGAUUUGCUUGCAUCUGUAUCUGAUAUUCAAGGUAGUAUUGCUCCAAUCAAAU